AUGGACAACCGAAACCUUUGGAUUGAAUUCGCGUCCCGUCCUGGUGUUGUCCAGGGAGGUCUACACGCAGCAAGAAACCUGACCCGACGUCAGCUCUUCAACAUUCUCAACAUUGCAUUCCGACCAAGCGGUGGAUUUGACAUAUCUCAACGCGGCUCAACGACUCCUUUGCCUGUGACAGACGACCUUAUUGAGCCUGGCCACUACAUUUUAUCUUCAACUAUACCAGGCAAGGAUGUUACCCUCAGUGAUGAGCAAUAUUACCGACGGACGCUUUCAGUUUUCGAUACAGAUAGAGAUGAAUCUUUCCGACACGACGUUAGACAGCGAGACGGACGCUGUGUCGUCACUGGCAAAGUGAAUCGUAGUUCUGGUGUAGGUGUGUGGCGCGGGUUUGAGGCUGCCCAUGUCUUUCCGCUUGCGCUAUCGAUGAUAUUCUCAAGCUGCGGGUUUUCCAACAUCAUCACGGACAGCCGGGGAAUCAACUCUCCUAACAACGGUCUUCUGCUCCGGACAGACAUCCACCAGAUGUGGGACGGCUAUGACUUUGCUAUCAAUCCCGAUGACCACUAUCGUAUUUACAGCUUUUCUGCGAACAUGACCGAUUACCAUGGAGCUGCUCUCAACCAGGUCUGCCGCCAGCCAGAAGAUGCCCAUAGAGUGUAUGAUGAUUUAUUACGUUGGCAUUUUGAGCAGGCGGUGCUCUGCAACGUUCGUGGUGCGGUUGAUUUAGGGUUUGAAUUUGAUUUCCCGCCUGGUACGGAUAUGAUGGGCGAGAUUUGCGAGGGGCCUUUCGCCGCAGAGAGAAUGGAAGCAGAGCUUUUCGGACGUUUAUAUGGCUAUCACCAAGGAGAAUGA